AAAAUUGACAUGAGAAAGGGACGGUACGUACCGCGUACUUGUGGUUGAUCAAAGUCCCUAUAUAUAAGACCAGAGACGCCUAGAUCGGACCAACUGACAGUCCAGAAAGCCAGUCGUUGAUUCGUUUCCCCUCUUCCUCUCCUUUCACCACCGGCCGGUGAUGGCCGUGGAGAUCGCCGGAACUUGCUUGCAUUGGUCUCAGCCGCCGCACCUCCGAGGCCCUAUCUCGGCCAAAACCGUAGCCCACGCCAUUUCUUCUCUCCUUUACACUUCCUUAAGCAACUCCCACGAUCGCGUCAUCACGCAUAAUACUGCCCAUCAUACACCCUUCCUCGGAACUGCCCUUCUUCAUCACUGUCAUCAAAGAGAAUUAGUGAGAGGUGGAAGAAAAAGGGUUUCUUGCAGUGCCAACCUCGACGGCUUCGUUGAUGGCGGCGAAAACGAGGAGGAAUUUGUGAAGAGGGUUAACGAAUUAAACCUCAAAUUUAAAAUCGAAGCCGAAUCUCAGAGAAUUCAAGAUGCAGAAACCAGCAAUAGUUGCGACGAAUCAGCCCCUUCUUCUUCUUCUUCUUCUUCAUGUUUGGAAGAAAUCCAUUCCAUUCCCCCCGCUUCCGACUCGAUUUCACCUCUCCCGAUUUCAAUAAACCCCGAAAUUCCAGCGAUGCCGCCGGAAUCUUGGGCUGGCAGUGACGGAUUCGCGUUGCAAAAGAUGGAGCGGAGGGCAAAUAGCUUCGAUAUACCCCUGUCGCUGCGAAUUCUGCAAAGCAAGAAGAAACGAUGGGAAUCGGAUGAGAUGACGGACUCCGUCUACUCCUCCGUAAUGAAAGCCUUCUCCUCUAUGGUGUUUAUAGUGCGCGAGCUCCAAAGCCAAGUGAUUCGCAUGCGAGAAGCCCUACUCUCAUCCGACAAUUUCCAAAUCCAGGAGACCCUCGCAAGGGUCCAUAGCGAGCUCCAUGCCUCUUUCGUCUGGCUCUUCCAUCGUAUCUUUUCGUCCACUCCCACCCUCAUGGUCUACCUCAUGCUCCUUCUCGCCAAUUUCACCGUCUUCUCAAUCACCGACCACCAUGCCGCCACCGCACCCUUGCCGCCACCUCAAUCCCUCUCCGCCUCAAUCGAAGAAUCCCAAAACCCUACUCCUCGAUUCAAUUCAUCCACCAUCAAAACAUUCUCCGUCUGCAGAUCUUCCGCCGUCGGUGGAAACGGUAGUGGCGGUGGCAAGCCACCGGCGAUCACCGCCUCUGCGGACGACGGCUCGGAUCGGUCUUCAUCUUCCUUGGGUGACGGAGGCAUGAUCUUCUCAAAGGCAAUUUCGAUGGCGGCUAUGGACGAGGAGAUGGCGACGGCAUGGAAAGGGAUAGUGGAGAAUACGGCGGAGAUGAUUAUGGCCAGCGGGCGGCACGAGUCGCUGAUGGAUCCCCACACGUUGCGGCGAUUCGUGUCACCCGUUACGGUAGAGGCCGAGCCGGACGACUUAUCGGCUUACUCUGCGACGGAGCUGUCGUACAGGAUCGCACUCUCCGAGAACCCCGACGACGCUCUCCUGCUCUCAAAUUUCGCCCAGUUUCUUUACACUGUUCGUCGCGACCACGAUAGGGCGGAGGAAUAUUUUAAGAGGGCGUUACGAGCUGAGCCGGCGGAGGCGGAGACACUAUGCCGGUACGCGAACUUCUUGUGGGUGGCGAGGAAGGAUUUGGGGGCGGCAGAGGAGACAUUCUUGGAAGCCAUUUCAGCAGAUCCGGCAAACAGCUACUAUUCCGCCAACUACGCCCACUUCUUGUGGAGCACCGGCGGCGAAGACACAUGCUAUCCUCUCGAUGAUCGUGAUACGUAAAUUUUUAUUUUAUUUUAUUUUUUAGGUUAAAUAUUUACGUAUAGUGGUCUUUUGUUUUUCUU